GUGCAGCAGGUGGCUAUGAUGGGCAGCAGUACCUUAAAAAUCGCGGAAAAGGAGCAACCAUUCGAGGAACGUUUCAUUUAACCAAAGGAACCGAGUUGCACAUUUUGGUAGGACAGGAAAGUUUGAAUGGUGAGAGCAACCUAUCAAGUGGCGGCGGCGGCGGUACAUUUGUCACGCUAGAAGACGACACUGCUCUCGUUAUCGCCGGUGGUGGCGGAGGUACUUUCUGGAUGUCAUCGCGGUCGGACUUGUGCGACGGCAGCAAAUCCACGACUGGUAACCCUGGAGGAGGGCGUGGUUUCCCCGGUGGAGAAAAUGGGAACGGCGCCCCCUUGGUUGAUUAUAAAUAUUCUGGAGGUGGCGGGGGAGGUUUGUUGACGAGAGGGGGCGGGUGGCGUAAUAACGACGGUAAGCACGGUGGACACGCUUUCAUCCAAGGAGGAUUAGGCGGCGAGGGCGGAAACCGAAACUUGGACGGCGGGUUUGGCGGUGGUGGAGGCACUCGUUCCGGUGGGGGAGGACCUGGCGGUGGUGGCGGUUACUCUGGAGGGGGCUCCGGUGAUUAUUACACCGGCAGUUGUGCCGGUGGGGGAGCUUCAUUUAACAGCGGCCGUACUAAGUAUGAGCAAAGUGGAAACAACAAUGGCUCUGGUUACGUCAUCAUUACGAAAAUGUCCCAUUCAAGAAGUCGUCCUAUUAUGUUGGACGUCAGAGGGAAAUAA